CAAUAAUAGUUUAUUUUUCUUUUUACUUGAGUAAUCUAAUUGGUGGUAUUGAUUAAAUUUAAAAACACAUAUUUUAAAGAGCAAUAUUAAAGAGGAGUCUGCGUGUACUCGUGACGGCCUCUAGAGGGCAUCAUCUGUCAAUUCUUCUCUACACGUGCGACAGGUGCUGCGAGAGGGAGAAAAUUACCUGCUUCUGAGGAAAGUGAACGUGUUGAUAAAUCACUCGCUUUUUACAUGGUAAAAUGACUCAACACUCCUUAAACUAAUUGCAGUAUGUCCAUGCUCUUAUCCAUUUGUGUUGAAAUUAUUUUAAAAUCUCAAAAUUACACACUUGAUGCUCAUCAAAACAGCGAGACGACGAUUGAUUCUUUCCCCUCAAACUUUUCUGUAUAGCUUUUCUUUUCUUCUAACGAACCUCUGUUGUCUUUCUCAUUAAACUCGAGGGAUCUUUAAUCUCAGUCUUUUAUUAGUUUUCUAAUCCUUUUAUCUGCCCUUCACGGGUGGUCGAAGUAUCUGUCUCUAGCCUUGCUUUCAUCCCUCUGUGCUCCCAUUAGUUUUCACUCUAUCAUUGUCCCUCCCGUUUCACCUCUAAUGCUUAAGGGGAAAAGCCGCACCGUGGAGCUUGAGAGGCGCGUCCUCAAACGCAAAGCGCAAGCGCGCACUAGUUGCCACAGGCCAGUGACUCACGGACGCGCAGCUGCCCCGAGGCACCACGAGUGCAUUAGCGGCACACUAUGUGCCAACUGUCCCACCCGACACAGUCCGCUGUGGGACAUGGGGCAAAUACUGCGUAUGAGCGCACACCGGGCAAGUCUUGAUCAAGGAAGGCGCUGGAGGAUGGCAAUAUCUACACCAAACGUCUUUGCAGUCCAUUGAUGCCAUCCGAAAACAAAGAAAAGAGGCAUGGAGCCAUAGCUGAUCACUCUUAGUCUCUCUCUAAACCUGCUAAGCCCAAUAGUCCCACUUACUCCUUCAUGUUCUGGCAUCCAUCAUGCUGUAUGGGCAGGUCCUGCACCGCCGAGGGCCAGAGGAGAGCUUCAUCAACCUCAACGUUGGUGGCUUUAAGCAGCAAGUGGAAAGGGUGGUCCUCCAACGCUUCCCCCACACUCGGCUGGCCCGACUGCUCUACUGCAGCUCAGAGGCUGCUAUUCUCCAGCUUUGCGACGACUAUGCCGCGGCCGACCGCGAGUAUUAUUUCGAUCGCAAUCCAUGUUUUUUCCGCUACGUGCUGAACUUCUACCAUACUGGAAAGAUCCACCUGAUGGAACAGUUGUGUGUGUUUAGUUUUAGCCAGGAGUUGGAAUACUGGGGCAUCAAGGAGCUUCACCUGGACACUUGCUGCAGCAACAGAUUUCAAGAACAGAAAGAAUGCGUUGGAGAUCCCGACUGGGGAAAUGAUGAUGACCCACAGAACCAGCUGCCGGACAGCUUAGACUCGUCCAUGGAGGAGCUAUCAGCAUUUGACAAAGACCUGGAAAUGUUCGAGGGCACCUGGUGCUCCGAGAAGCGCAAGCAACUCUGGCUCCGACUGGAAAACCCUGGAUACUCGUGCUCUGCGAAAAUAAUAGCAGUGUUUUCCCUGAGUGUGGUACUGAUGAGUAUCGCUGCCAUGUGCGUUCAUAGCAUGCCUGAGUUCCACAAGAUGGAUGAUAAUGACAAAGAGGUGGAGGACCCAGUGUUGGAUAAGUUCGAGACUUUUUGCGUCCUCUGGUUCUCCAUCGAGUUCAUCCUACGAUUAGCUGUCACGCCACAUUUGCGCAAAUUCCUGUGCAAUGCGCUAAACAUCAUUGACUUUGCCUCUAUUGUUCCAUUUUACGCAACGUUGGCCUUCGAAACCGUUAAUGCAGAGGAAAGCGAGGAGCUUGUGAACAUGGGAAGGGUUGUGCAGAUCUUGCGCCUCAUGCGAAUCUUUCGCAUCCUCAAACUGGCGCGGCAUUCGGUCGGGCUGCGUUCGCUCGGGGCGACUCUCCGUCACAGCUACCAUGAGGUCGGACUCCUCAUCCUCUUUCUCUCUGUGGGAAUCUCUAUUUUCUCAGUGCUCAUCUAUUUUGUGGAGAAAGAGGAUGAGAAGUCGGAAAUACAGACUAUACCGGUGGGCUGGUGGUGGGCGACGAUCAGCAUGACCACGGUGGGAUAUGGCGACACGUAUCCUGUCACACUGGCUGGGAAACUCGUCGCCACCUUGUGCAUCAUCUGCGGUCUGCUUGUAGUCGCCCUUCCUAUUUCCAUCAUCUUCAACAAGUUCUCCAAGUACUAUCAGAGACAGAAAGCCCUGGUGGAGUCUGACCAGCUCCAGCCAGAGGAUGAAAAACAGCCACAUCUCAGCAUGCCUUUUCUUCAUAUAGGAGACCUCUACGGCCAAAAGAUGAAUUCUCUGGCGCACAGAUCAUCCUCCAAGAGUAGCGAAGGGAGCGAGGGAGACGCCACUGAUGCUUCCAGCAUUCAAGAUGUUGAAAUUGCCUGCCCUUCUGGGAUGCCACAGACCAACAAAGCAACAUAAAUGCCAAUAUGCACAACCCCAAAUGAAUGAAGAAACGAGAAGAAACUUACUCUGUCAGAUCUGCAGCACAUGUCGAGGAAACACUAGAGAACUCUAAGACUCUCGUUUCUUACUGGGAAACUCCUGGACUUUCUAUCAACAGCACUUUUUCUCUUUAGUUCUCAGGGUUAAAAUGUCUCAAGCUUUCCAUUAUUUAUGGAUCAGAACCUGUUAUGGAACCUGUAUCUUAACAACAGCCCAGUGCUAACAGUAGCAUUGAUGCUCUAUACCCAAUUAAUAGCACUGAUUGACAGGUGUUUUUUUUAUCCUUUGGGCAAGCUGUUCAUUUAAUUACAAGACUUUUUGCAGUGCCUGUGGGAAAAGAACUAUGCUUAAAUGUUUUAUAGGCAGUGACAGCAUCUAAAAUGCUGGACUUCAGAUGGCAUGUUGGUGUACAACGUCCUCCCUAAUGUGUCCAUCAGAGAGGGAAGGACGGAAAGAUUGCAUGCAUAUUUCAACAAGAGAGAAGAGAGGCCACAAGAGAAAGGAGGAGAGAAGAAAGCAGGGAAGAGAUGUUACAGUUGAAUAAAGUGUUGAUGUAAAGCAUAUUUGAGUCCCUACGCUUCAUUCUGAAAUCACUGCAUGGAUCCAUUGAGAGAUGAAGGAUCUUAAAGGGAUAGUUCACCGAAAAAUGAAAAUUGUUAUUUUUUACACCCUCAUGUUGUAGUGCACUACUCUGAAAACAAGACUGAAAACAAACAGGGUGACAUUUUUUCAUUAUCAUUCUUUGAAAAUGUUCCCUCCAGUGAACUGUUAAUUUGAGAACCUCUGCAGAAUUGAUGUCAGUGAGUUGAAUGCUGAUUUGUGAAUGAAUGUAUAGAAAUCAGUCUGAAUUCGUACGAAUUACAACUUCUUGUGACUGAAAUUGAGUUAACUGACCCAAAAGAAUGAUUCAUCCAUUGAUCUGACUCACUGACUCAAUGAUUCUGAAAAGACCUGCAUGAAAAUUCUUCAAAAUAUCUUUUGUCUUUUUUUUUUUUUUUUCCACAGAGGAAAGAAAGUCAUGUGGCUUUGGAAUGAUAUGAGGGUGAGUAAAUGAUGACACAAUAUUUGGGGCGAACUCUCCUUUAAUCUUUUUCAAGUGCUUCUUUACAGUCGGGUUUUUUCACAUUCUCUUAUGUCUAUUGAGUAUGCAUUAUGCAUUAUUGCAUUAUCAAUAAUCCCUUAUGAGAGCAUCAAGUUCACCUAUCAUCUGUCCUCUGCACAGAGGGAACAUGUUCUCUCUCCAUCUUGCUGUCUCUCUCAUUUUUUAGAUGACUUACGUCAGUAGGCUGUAUUAGCAGCAAGAAAAGAGGUCCAAAUGUUAGGGCUGUCUGCCAUGGGUGGAUGUAUUACUGCUGAAAUGGCAUCCGUUUGGCAAGUGGCUUUAACUUGGAUAGAUCGGCCUCUGUUUGAGACGUGCCCAUUGAUCAAUGUGACACGCUUGUGUGCUCAAGUGUUUAAGGGCAGACCUGAAUGCCUUGUGACUUACACGAAUGGUGCAGCUGACCCUUUUCAGCUUCAGCAAACACAGAGAUUUCAGGAACAUGACUAGGAAUAUAAAAAAUGUCCUUUUUAGUGAUUGUAGAAUCGGAGUGCUUGAGAGAAAGGUAAUUAUAGAAGGAAAAAGUUUAAAGAAAUAAUUUCCUUUCAGAGAUUGAUUAUAUGCCAUGUACUGUGGCAGGGUGGCUUCUUUCUCUUCUCUGUGCCAGAAAUAUGAGGUCACCACAAAGAGUCAAAUUUCUUUUUCAAAGCUGUAUAUUGGGCAACUUGCACAAAUCUGAGCAUGUUAUUUACGAAAAUAUAUGCAAUCACAGCACUGUCCUAAUAUGAGCUGGUGGUUUAGGAUGUGGUUUUUAACCCAGGGGAAAACAGCAAGUUCCCACAUCUCUAUGAGUACAGCACUUAAGCCUGAAGUACUUUAGAAGUAAAGAGUUCUAUUUCUGCAUCAUACUGGAACCAAACUGAA